AUGGGGGAGAGGGUCUCAUCAGUGAGGAGGAGGAGCCCAAACAGAGGGUUAAGAGUGGGCGGGCACAUGCAUGGGAAGAGUCCAGGGGGGGUGAGGGGAGAGAGGGGAGAGAGGCAGAGAGAGGGGGAGGAGCCAGGGCGCGCUCAGCUGCUGCGCCUUGUCACAUUCGCGCAGAACAUGAUAUGCGCACGAUUUGGCGUUGGGAAUAAUUUGGGCUCCCGUCCAGAACACAAACACGGCAGCGGCUGGACAUCUGCGCGCUCCCGGGGGGUCACGGAAGGACUGGUCCGGUACCGAGAGGACGUCAGGGGCCACGGGAGGGAGAGCGGAGUGCGUAUAGAGCCACGGCAGGCGGACGCGCUCGGGACAAGCCAGACAAUUCAGGAGCUGCGAGCCAAGCGCUUCGUCCGUCUGUGUGGUUUUGUGUCGCUGCUUCGUCUUUUCAACGUCACCCCCUCGCUGUCCCGCCGCCGCGUAUGA